AUGAAAGUCUUGAAAAAUUUUCGCUCCUUUAAUGUUACCCCCCAAAUCCUGAACCAGAUCUUGGAUUUUUAUAACAUCUCUCGCGAAAAAUUCAUUCAGACAUACAACCUGCAGCCGCUGAUCCGUGUCCCCGAGUUACCGUUCUCCAGUAAGGUAGCUUUCGCUGUGACCUAUAGUGUGAUCUUCCUACUUGCGCUCUUUGGAAACAGCCUGGUGCUGUGCACAGUGAGACGGGAAAGGUCUCGAACGGUUUACACCAUCCUUAUCCGUUCACUGGCAGUCAGCGACCUCUUCAUCACCUUCUUCUGCAUUCCAUUCACCCUGCUGCAAAACAUCUUCAUCAAUUGGAUUGGGGGGACUUUUGUCUGCAAGAUGGUUCCUUUUGUUCAGACUACAGCUGUUACAAGCUGCAUUCUAGCAAUGACGUGUAUUGCUGUGGAGAGAUAUGAAGGGAUUGUGCAUCCACUGAAGAAGCACUAUCUGAUGACAAGGGGACACAUCAUGCUUGGGUUCAUAUGGACAGUGGCUAUAAUCGUGGGAUCUCCUAUGUUGUACGUUCAACAGUUUGAGGUCAAAUAUGAUUUUCUCUAUGAUAUUCACUACUUUUGCUGUCUUGAAAACUGGAACUCGCUUUCACUCCAACAUGCCUACACUGUUUUCUACAUGGUGGCACUUUUUGUGUUGCCACUCAUGAUAAUGUUGCUGCUUUAUACCAGAAUUGUCUUUGAGUUGUGGAUGAAGAAACAUGUUGAAGAUUAUUCAGUUUUAAAUCUGAACCAAAGCAAAGUUUCCAAGACUGCAAGAAAGAAGAAACGAGCUAUUGUUAUGAUGAUAACUGUUGUUGUGCUCUUCACCAUAUGUUGGGCUCCAUUCCAUGUGGUACAUAUGCUGAUUGAAUACAAUAAUUUGCAGGAUGAAAAUGAUCAUGUCAUCAACAUCAUGAUCAGUGCUGUGCAAGCAAUCGGAUUCUUCAACUCUUUCAACAAUCCUGUUGUAUACACACUUUUGAAUGAAACCUUCAGGAAAGCUUGUUUCUCUUUCGUAGCACGUUAUGUUCACAGGGCCCGUCAUAAUUCCAUUGCAUGUGCACCAAAGCCAACCAUUGCUGCAAGACAAGUUGGUUGGUUGCAAGAUCUACACCCAAAGAAAAAAAUGAAGUCAGAAAAUAAUAAUCAGCUUGACAAUGUUGAGCUUAACUGGUGUGAAAAUUAG